UAGAUUUUUAUUUUCUUCGCACUUAAACAACGAAGAUGUUUCGUAAUUUUGUUAAUUUGACAAACAAAUAUAAGGUGUUGCGGGGCAUGUUGUCUUAUGGAACUCUCUGGCCUUGCGGCUGCCUCAUCGAACAGACGCUGAUCGAGAAACGGACAUUCCGCACCUACGACUGGAUGAAGUGUCUGAGAUUCAGUUUGUUUGGUUUCUUCUUUAUGGGACCGACAAUAUAUGUUUGGAUAAGACUGGCUGGCGUCAUGUGGCCCCGCACGGAUAUUAGAUCAUCCCUCUGCAAGGCGAUCACCGAACAGACCGCAUACGAUCCGAUGGCCAUCAGUUCCUUUCUCUUCUUCAUGACCCUACUGGAGGGCAGUUCAUAUGCCCAGGCCAAGCAAGAGGUCUGCGAUAAAUUUCUGGAUACGUAUAAGGUCGGCGUUAUUUAUUGGCCCUGUGUGCAGACGGUGAACUUUGCCUUUGUCCCGGCUCGGAAUCAAGUUGUCUUCACCUCGUUUUUUAGCAUGUGCUGGACCACGUUUUUGGCCUAUGUGAAAUUCCUGAAAUUGCAUCCACACGUCGAUGUUGAUCAUCAUGCUGUGGACAUACACUUUUUGGAACCAUAAAUAUAAUUAAAAUAAAUAAGAUUAUUGUUACACCUAAA